AUGGCUCCGUUGAUGAAAGGGUUGACCCAGUUUAUCGUCGAUAUCCGAGAAGCCCAGGAUGCAGAGGCCGAGAAAAGACGCAUCAAUCUUGAGAUCAACAAUAUCCAAACCAAGUUUUCGCAACCAAAUCUUAACGGUUAUCAUCGCAAAAAAUACAUCUGUAAACUCGUAUAUAUCCACCUUCUUGGGUACGAUACAGUUGAUUUCGGACUCACUCAUGCACUCGCACUCGUGGAAUCUUCCGUUUUCAGCGAAAAGUCGCUUGGAUACUUGGCAGUAUCGACAUUGUUCCCGGUGGAAAAGAACCAUACCAUCACUGAUUACUUGGAAAAUAUGCUAGAUAUCAUCUAUUCUUCCUUGAUAAAAGAUCUCCAGUCGAAUAACGAAGAGUUCAAUUGCUUGGCAGUGCAAUUCAUCGCCAACUGCUUCAACGUGCUGAACGAUGAAGGCCAUGAUUACCCGGUUCAUUCCAUCACCAAAAACCAUGAAGAUUUCCCUCGAUGGCAGGAAAUCGUCGAUAUGGUUUACUCUCUUUGUUGCUCACCAGUUCUGAACUUGCGAGUUCGCCAAAAAAGUGUGGCAGCUUUACUUUCCCUUUCCAAGUUAUUUCCAUCGAUCAUCAAAGCGAAUAACAAUUGGAUCCCUCGCAUUUUGUCGCUUGUUGACGACCCCAGCAUGGGCGUAGUGGCAGCAUCGGUUCCUCUCAUCCAAUUUGUGGCGCAAAUGGAACCUAAAUACUUCAAGUCAAUACUCCCCUCGAUUGCUCGUCGAUUACGUCUGUUAGUGGUGGAGCAGCAAUGCCCUGAAGAAUACUAUUAUUACGACUCUCCGGCCCCUUGGCUUAUCGUGAGUCUAUUGCAUACCAUAGAAUUGUGUUUUUUGUGCCAAGAAACCGCUCCUUCCGUGACAUUGGCUCUGCUUGAUCGAGAGACUGUCAACAGUUUGCGUGAAGUGGUGGCAUAUUCAAUCAAAAAUGCGUCACAGCCGGUCCGUGGCCUUCCCAAUCGAAACUCCCAAAGCUCAAUUCUUUUCCAAACUGUUUCUUUGACGGUGUUCUUGGACGCUUCUGCCGAGGCUAUAGCUGGUGCUGUAGAAGCUUUGAUGUCCCUUUUAGAUUCGGCAGAAACAAACACCCGAUACUUGUCACUAGAUGCUCUCAUCAAGUUGGCAGACCGAGCUACUCUGGAAGGCAAUUACUACGCUUCGGUAAGAAAAUCUUUCUCCGAUAAUUUACCCAAAAUUUUCAAGUUUCUGGCCGACAAAGAUAUCUCGGUCAAACGAAAAUCGCUAGACUUGCUCUACACCGUUUGCGAUGCCACCAAUUGCAACCUGAUUGUGACUCAUUUGCUCGAUAGCUUUCCUCAUACUGAAGCUAAUUUAAAGCCAGAUGUAGCUGUCAAAAUUGCAGUUUUAGCUGAGCGGUAUGCCCUGAACCCGGAAUGGUAUGUUACAAACAUGAUUCGAUUGUUAUCUAUGGGAGAAGGUCCAUCUGGUGGGUCCGCUUACACCGGAAACGAGGUGUGGGAACGUGUGGUACAGAUUAUUGUCAAUAAUGAAAACCUUCAAACGAUGUCUUGUCGCAUGAUAUCCAAUCUUCUCAAGACUCAUAGUUCACUGGAGAGCCUAGUCAAAGUUGCUGCGUUCGUUUUGGGAGAGUACGGACACAAGUGUGAUUUCGACUUUAUACUGACAUUUCUGGUUCUUUAUGAUGCCUACUUUUCAGUUUCGUUAAUCACACGAGCCAUGCUACUCACAUCGUUUCUCAAAAUAUCAGCAAGGCAACCUGAUUCUGAUUUUGUUCCCGAUAUAAUAGAUUUAUUCGAAGCAGAAACCCAAUCGAUGGAUCUUGAAAUACAGACUAGGGCCCAUGAAUAUCUCCAAUUGAUGAUUGAGCCAGGUAAAGAGCUUGCUUCAAUUGUAUUGCGACCAUUUCCCGCGUUUGAAGCAAAAUCCAACCACUUGCUUUCAAGAGUUGGAAGUGUCCAUCGCUUGUCGAACCGAACUCGUUCCAGCUCCAACGUUGCUGAAAAUAAACCUCGAAGUAAUCUGGAUGCCUUAGCGAGACUCCGAAAUGUUAAGUCAGCAUCUAGUGUUGCGCUACCUAUUCCUGAGGCUAGUGAUGAAAGUGAAGAUCCAUUUGCAGAAAGAUCUGAAGAUUACACCCUAUCUCCCAAUUGGUAUUCUGGGUAUCUUCGUAUGUGUCACUACGACGCUGGAAUAUUUUAUGAGAACACUUUGAUCAAAAUCACGUAUAGAGUUAUCAAGAGUGGUGCAAUCUUUACCUACCGGUUUACAAUCAUUAACAGUGCAGCAAAGUCAGCCAAUACCGAGAUCACUAGACUCACCGUUUUGGAACUUCAAGGAGCUUCAGCUACUACCAACCCUAACUUUAUUAUCGAAAUGUCACAAUAUCCGCAACAAACGGUGACUACAAAGACAGAGAUGGAAAUUAGGGUCAAAAUCCGUAAUGUCGUGGGCAUCAACGAAAGUCCUGUGCUUGCUUUAUCGUUCAUGUGCGGAGGUUCGUUCAAUCAACUCAAUUUGAAAAUUCCUGUUCUUAUGCUCAAGACAUUAUCGGCGGCUACUUCUACAAAUUUGGAAGAGUUCAAAAAGAGAUGGUUGCAAAUUGGACAAGAAUUGGGUUCAAUAGACGGCGAAAGUACUGUCUUUUGCAGUACUGCCCAUCGGUACAACUCGUCCAAUAUAGUACGGUUGGUGUCCCGAUUAGGGUUGGAAGUUGUACAUCAUUCGCCAGACGACACCAAAAACGGAAUUUUGGUGUUGGCAGCAGGUAUUUUGCACACUCAAAAUGCAAAUUACGGAGCAUUAGUAACUAUCAAGAGCACGGACGACGUGGGAUGCAAGUUUGAAAUAGUUGCCCGGUGCACGGCAGGAGGGGUUGCGGAGGCUUUGGCUAGUUCAUUUAAGGUAAUCUUUGAUGGCGGCUUUUAA